AUGGAUAAACGUGUUAUCGUUGUCAUCCUAUUCAUCGUCCACGUCUUCAUCGACGUCUUCUUGUGCCAGUUGGCCGCCCUACCAGCUGGCUUUCCAGCUGGCUCGCGAGAUGCGACUUGGGGCCACUACGGCCACAUCUACCACGACACUAUCGAGUACACCUGCCGCGGCACAGGUUUCGACAACAACGGCAACUACAGCAAGUACCAGAAUUACCACUACAACAACUACCAGUGGAACGAUUCCAGGUGCGAGCAGGCUCGCAAGGCAGCGUGGGUUGCAACGAAUCCACGCGGAGGCGCGAAGAACCUGAUGAACACCAUGCCGCCGCAGGCCUUCAUACACGGUGGGCAAAUCAAUGGCGUACAAGUUGGUGCAAUGACGUUUGUGUUGCAUUCAUUGUCAGAGCGGUACGGCCCACUAGGGAAGGGCAAAGGAAAACUGCCAAACCAUGGCAAGACGUCUGUAAACGCAUUUCUCGCCAAUGCCCAUCAUGCGGGCAAUCUCGGCAGCAUCUUCUUGAGCAAGGGCAAAGGCAAGGGGAACCACUCAAAAAGCAGCGGUCUCGGUUUCGGCCGCCGCAAGAACCCAAAAGACCGCAAUGGAGUGACCAUGAAGUGCCAUGGAUGCGGCAGCGACGAACACUUAGUCAAGGACUGCCCGCGCCAGUCUUCCCCGACGUUGUUGACAGGACCGCCACAACGGAGUGACGGCGCCGUGGGCUACGGCGGCAGCAGCGGCAGCGGGGCGAACAACUGGUACGGUUUGGUUGAGGGAUCGGUACCCUCUCCACCUCCACCCGUCGACUUCGAAAACGGCCCGUUGGCAGGCCUCAUCCCUGAGGUCAGCAGUGCAGCAACCCACGUGUUGAUGAUCGGACCUGCGACGACCCCGCAGGGCUCGGACCAGUCAGAAGGCUACGAGUCGGCAACUUCGCAACAAGGCUUCGCAGGCAGCCCUGGGGCAGCGUCUGCCAGCGCUGCUGCUCCAGCUGCGCGCCCAGGGCCGCGCGCGCAACCCGUCCAGGCACCGAACAUCGUCCGAGCAGGCGACCUCUCGUAUGCCGUGAUCCCAGGCGCACGGGUCGUCCAGACGAUCCCUGCCGCUCCACAGGUCGAUCUGCCCAGCUUCACACAGCACGAGUCCUUCUCCUACUUGCUCGCCGGCGAAGGGAGGCCUUUCCAGGCCAGCGAUCAGCUUACUCCUCUCUGGAGCGGCGCCACUGGUGGAUUCGCACCCUCAACCUUGGACCCUGGACAACGCGAGGCCACCGUUCACCAGCACGAGGUGGAGACUUGGAUGGCCACGCCAGAGUGGGAACGCCCAGCCCCCGCAGUUGGCCUCGCCGCAGCGCCGAUGCGGAACAUGAGCGAUGAGCAGGAGCAGAUGCUGAGCAGCUUGAGGAUGGUGCAGGAGUACGCUGAGGAGCAGAGGAGGAUCAAGGAGAUGAAGGGUAGGAGGAGGCCCCCACGCCCAACUGACCCGCUACCAGACAUGCCGGCAGAGUUGGCAUCGAUGCAGGAUAAUUUGCGAGCUCGCCAGUCCCUCGGCCAGGACUACCUUGGUGAUAACUCGCAGUGCUCUUUCUGCUUGAUGGAUUUUGGGCACGGGGAGGAUUGCAUCCAGGUUCAGGUUCAUCUGCCCACAGGAGUCCACUACCUCAGCAGCCUCAUCGGGGCCAGCUCCACGACCAGGCGGAGCAGCUCCGACAUUGCCAUGGACGCCAGCCGGGGAUACGAGCCGAAACAAACUAAAUUGGACUGCCCCCUGGAGAUUCAAGGUGUCGGCCACGGCACGCAGAAGGGCGAGUACAAGGCCACCGUCCCCGUAGCGCUCAUGACGGAAGAUGGCAGCGCCACGAUGUUCAAUUACGAGGUGCCCCUCAUCGACAAGAGCCCCAAGAACGGCAUGGGCCACCAGCUCCCAUUGAUUGUAGGCCUCAGGUCGUUGAAGGACAAGCGUGCUGUCCUUGAGCUCGAGGACGGCAAGGCGAUGAUGACCUUUCCGGGCCCUGGGGGCUAUACUAUCCAGUGGAGCCCCGGCACGGUGAGGAUCCCUAUGGAGCAGGGGCUGUCUGGACAUUUGAUGGUAGGCGGCAAGACGCCCUCAAAGGCCGCUUGUUCGCAGACAGAGGGCACAGGCAAUCCGCCUACAACUGGCGGUGGCAACCUUGACGCCAUCAGUUGGACUAUUGUUAUUGAGACGGAAUGUGGUAUCAGUACUGUGCUCACUUCUUUGGGCUACCGCGUGCAACGUCACAGCCACAUGACCGUCAACACAGGCAGUACUGGCGACAUUUCCAGCAUGAUCAAGCGUAACAAGAUCAACGUCUUCAUUUCGCUAUACCCAAUUUUGGGAUUCAACGUACCUCAGCACAAAUGGCAUUCCCACAUCACACAGUUGCUGAAUUGGGCUAGGCUGUGCAAGCAAAAUGCUGUACGGUACCUCAUCUUGGGCUUCCAGGGCAGAAAGUGGGACGACCCUCAAAUCCAGAGCGCUAUCGCGGAUGGGACGUUGCAGUGUUCUUACCACAGGCUUUGUUACAUGGGUAUCAAGGUCGAUCCUGUUGCGGCGACGCACGUUACGACGGCGGAUCGGCGCUGCCACAGCCGGGUGGACGCCGGCGUGUCGCACGCAGUUGCUGCGACGUAUUCGACCUACGACGCAGACGACCUCUUCGAGGCGCAUGCGGAAUCCGCAUCGUUAGCGCUGUGGUUCCUGAAGGGGCCCGAGGGGGAAGCGACGGACUUUCAGCAUCCCCGUGAGUUGUUCGACGUGCUGACGGGGGUGGAGCUGGAUUGCGCCAAGGACCAGGAGCUUGCCAUGCAGUACUUGCCAGCCUCGAGUCCAGUUGCCGACGCUCAGCCGCAGCUGGCCGACGGCACCGACCUCGCAGCAGACGACGAACAACAAGCUCGCAACACAGAGGCCAUGAGCAGGGAGCCGCACCAGAAUCUGGACUGGCCCGAGCGGGAUCUGAACCCGCUGACGUCAGACGAGCACGAGACGUCCCUCGACCACCACAGCACCAAAGAGCACGGUACCCAGAGCAAGCCGACGGCCCAGAGAGGUGAGGUUGUGGACGACAAGACUGAAGCCACCUUGCUAUCAGCACUUUGGACAGCAUGGAUUGGCAUCCACGGCCCCAUGGAGCAACUUGUUAUUGACGGGGAGGGUGGUCUCAACAGCGACCGGGCCAAGGCCACGCUCAAGGCUGAGGGCAUUGAGUUAAUCACCAGAGCUCCUGGGCAGCAUGCCCACACAGCAGAACGAUCUGGCCAGAUGCUCCGGCUCGUGAUCCAUAUGAUUGUGGAGCAGAUGGUCAAGGAGGGCAUCACCUUACCCAUUAAGAUCGUUGUGAGCCAGGCGUUUUUCGUCAUGAACGCCAUUUACGGCAAGAACGGCUGCACCUCUUACCAGUGCGUUUACGGCCGGCAGCCUCCUAUGCUACCUCCGAUCCCUGGCACGGGAUCCACCGACAGCGCCGACGGACGCCAGGAACAGCGAGUCCGACAGAUCGCGAUCAACUCGUUCGUGCAGGCUUCCGCCUUGUCUCAGACGAGACGUGCUCUGUCUGGCAAGUCAAGCAGCAGUGGGCAGGGCAUGUACCAGCCAGGUGAUUAUGUAGACUAUUACCGGCGGAGUGCCGACAAGGAUACGUCUGGCUGGUAUCAGGACGUGCGCCACACUCUACACCUUAUCUUCCUCACGCAGCUGGUGCACUUCAGCGACAAGGAAGACCACGUGCGAUCGAAGAUGCUUGCCAUCGUGCUCACCCACGCCGAGCACGACAGGAAUCGCGAGCACUCUCGCGAGGAAGCGGGAUCGGCGCCCGCAUGGCGGAUCGGUACCGCCACGGCCGGGUGGACGCCGGCGUGUCGCACGACAGCGCUCGAGGUGAUCCCCGAGGGCGACAGCGAGUCCGACACCACCACAGAGACUGAAGCACUUGCGGUACUCCACGCUCAUUUCGAGACCAACUCAGAUGGAAAGUACGAUGAUUCGUUACGUGAGGACGUCAGCACAUACCAACACUACCUGACAGCAGGCUUGCCCGUGAGCGCAUACAUGACAGACACACGUAUCGAUCGUAGUGGUAAUCUGGGUGUCGAGAUGUAUUUGUCGAAGGAGUUGUCCAAGCUUUCCGUAGACCACCCGUUCCGAGAUGAUGAGUUCGUUUCGAUUCUGAUCUACGUCGCCGGCCCAUCGCGGAAGGCAGUGGUUACCGAUCAGGACGUCUUGACGAAGGACGAGCUCAAGAAGUACCACAAGGAGGUGGGGCACAAUUCUGACGGUGAGCUCCACAUCAUGUGCGGCAAGCACGUGGACGACCUCAAGGUCGGAGGUGAGAGCCAUAUGGUGCAGAAGUUGCGUUCUUCCCUGGAGGCAGUGUUCGGCAAGCUCAAGUUUAGCCUCAAGACGUUUACCAACGUCGGUAUCCGACACGUGCAACGUGACGACGGCACCGUCGAGACCGACCAGACCGAGUACGUGAACGCCAUCCAGACCAUCCCGCCUGAAGUUUACAGCGGGAAGCGUGGCGACGAGAAGUGCACUGAGCAGCAGAUGUCUAUGCUGUGCCGACAGCUGCAGGCAUUCUCAGAUAGUGGUUUCCGCAAGGAGGAGGACAAGGGUUACGGCAUGAGGGGCGCGAAUUUCCUCCGCGUUGGUGUUGACCCUUCUGGUGCACAAGUGUGUCAUUUGAUCGACGCCCAGUGCCGUAGCCAUCGGCGCGUCACGCGGAACACGUUCAGCAGCGAGCUGUUUGCUGGUUGCGACGCCGUCGACGAUCUCAUGAAUGCAAUUGUCUUGUCUAUGGAUGGUUACUUCAAGUACGACCACGAGUACAAGGACUUCGUCCCGAAGGUCCCGAACCAGCGGGACGCUCAGAGGCAGCAGCAGCAGGGGGAGCAGUUCUUCGUCUUCGACGGUACCGCGCCGGCACUGGAGCCGACGGCGAACAGCGCCACGGAGCCGCAGCAUCUCUCGUGCCCCUCUCCGGCCUCUUUCGGUACGGACCGCGCCGGCACGGAACCGCAGCAUUUCUCGGAGAGUGCAUCGUGCUCCUCUGCAGCCUCUUCCGGCACGGAUCGCGACGAGGAGCCGCAGUGUCAGGCGAGCAUCGGCACGGAGUCGCAGUAUUCCUCGUGCUUCUCUCUGGCCUCCAGCGGCACGGACGUCGACGCGGAGCAGGAGCAUCCAGCGUCAAAUGCGAGCCGGACGCAACCUGGAGACACGGAGGCCUGGCGAGGUAUCUUCGAGGACACGUAUCGGAAGUACUGCCCAGACAAGCUCAAGGACAUUGAGUUCUUGUUGCAGAAAUACCACGGUCACGAGAAGGAGUGCCACCAGCGUAUUCUCGUCAAGUACGCUGGGGAGACACGCGGCACCAAGCCGAACCACGAGUUGAAAGACAACCAGUGCAGGAUCUGUCAUGGGUACGGACACUGGGGACACGAGUGCCCAACUCGCAAGGCCAGCGUAGGCACGACGGCAAAGGCCAAGGCCAGACCACCGUGGUAUCAGGGCAGAUGA